AUGUCGGAGAGUAAUGAACUGAUGAAAGUUGUUACAGUGGGCGGAAAUUCGGUUUCUGCCUUCUUGUCGUGGCGCCUCCAAGCAACAAAUGCCUGCGACGUCACUCUAGUAUGGAAGACUGGCUACGAGCACGUUGCGCAAUACGGAAUCUCCUUCAAGUCUCCGGUCUUUGGCAAUGAGCGCUUCAAGCCUCGUCAUGUUGUCCGGGCACCCGAAGAGGCUGCCACUCGCAGAGAGGGCGGCGCAUUCGACUAUGUCAUUCUCUGUAUAAAGGCCCUUCCCGAUGUUUACGACCUGGCGUCCGUGAUCGAUUCCGUCGUCACUCCGCAGCACACUUGCAUCCUUGUUAAUACCACACAAUCGCUCGGCCUCGAAUCAGCCAUCGAAGAACGAUUCCCCACUAAUGUAGUCCUUUCGCUGGUCUGCGGCGCCGAGCUCACUCAGCUCGGAGGAAGCGAAUUCGAGCACAAGGGCUCAACAGAAGUCUGGGUUGGCGCCGCAAACAGAAACUCCAACAUUCCGGCCUCGAUACAGGAGGAUAUGGCGCAGGCACUGGCUAUGACCCUCAGCACUGGUCAGGUCGACUGUAAAGUCUCGAGUAACAUUCAGCAACAGCAGUUUGAAAGAGUUAUUGGCCCAAUUGCUUUCCAUCCUCUUACAGUGCUCUUCGAAACCCCCAACUAUGGCCAGCUCCUCGACAAGGUGGGCGUGGCCAAGCUGAUAUCAGAUGUCAUUGACGAGCUAUUAGCCGUGGCCGAAGCACAGGGUUGCAAGUUCCCGCCCGAUUUCAAGAAAAACACCAUUGAUGAAUUCGCGAGGACGACGACGGAGAAUAUGAUGUGGCAAGAUUACGUUGCGAGACGCCCAAUGGAGGUUGAGACAUAUCUCGGCUCGCCUAUUAGGUUAGCCCAACAAUUUGGGGUGCCAGUUCCACGAAUCGAGACGCUCUACGCCCUUCUUCACAACACCAACAUCGCCAACCGCAACAGACCCAAGACGGACGGUCUGGCUCCGCCUCUACAGCCAGGGUCGCCUUCCGCUACGCCCCCUCUGCCCCGGGGGACGCCAGGUACUCCACGUGCAGUAGCCAACGGUAUGACCAACGGGAACGGGAUGCCGCGGAUGCGCCCUAGGGGCUCUUCGCAGCUGGGACCUGCACCACUCGGCAUGCGCAGACCUACUCUGAACGGCGGUGGACCGCCACCUAACGGAUACCCCAGACCACCAACCAGUGGAAGCCGACAGCCGUCAAGGAGGGGGUCGAUGGAAGGAGCUGAUUUGGAAGAGUUUAGCCAUUUGGUGCUUUACGACGACAUUCCAGAAGGCGGCGAGGGCGGUUAUUCGCCGCACGAUCUGGCUUUGCGGGAAAGAGAGUUGCAGCUGCGGCAGCGAGAGCUCGCCUUGAGGGAGCAGGAGAUGAGGCUCAGACGUGCUGCUGCUGCUGGUGGUCCCCCGCCGGGAUCCAGAAGGGGCCCUCCAUCGAGGUAUAACGGCGGUUUUGAUGAUGACGAUGAUGAAGACAAUUACUACGACCCGGCUUCUGCGCCUCCCGUGCCAAUGAUCGAUCCCGACAACUUUGACAUGAUGAGCGUCACUUCCAGGAAGACCCGGAAAGCGCCUAGCGAUCAUCACCAAUUGCGCAAGAACCCCGAGCCCAAUGCGCCUACUUCCCGGAGUAGUAGGUUUAAACCGAAGUUUGGGCGGAACCGAUCGAGCCAUAUGGUCGCCGAAAUUCCGGGGUUGCACGACAACAUCUUGGACGACCCGUUGAUGAGCUUCACCUCGAAUCGGUAUGGCGAAGUGGACCGGGGAAUGAUACACGCGGGAUCGAGGACAAACUCUUUGACGACCGCCCGUCUGGAUGAGCUGCAGUACACUCAGGGCCCUCCGCCACACGGAGGCAUGCCGAGGCGCGCCAGUCAAUCACCAGGGAACCCAUACAGCCCAUCCAUGAGGGGCGGUAGCGGUCGCCCUUCCCCACCAAACGGGUACAGCGCGCCAUACAUGAACGGCGGCGGGCGACCGUCGCCUCCGGAUGGAAUGCGGCAACCCAUGCCCCGUUAUCCUCCAGGACACGGAAACGCGGUCGUGCCGCAGCAGGUGGAACAGCAUGCCGGGGUGAGCGCCCUCCAACCACCAGAGACCAUGAUGACCAAAAAUGUUCGAAGUCUGACUGGUAGUGCAAGCGCCAGCGCGGCGAGUGGUGAUUCUACGCAUCAGCUCGAGUCAUCGGAACCCUCGGCACAUAGCAGCCAGAGUAGCCUAGGACGUCGUCCGCCCAUUGGAGUGCGUUAA